AUGUUAAAGACUGAAUCUCUUCUCAGGGAAAGAACUACUUGCCUUGACCAUUUUUUCGUUUUUCUUUCUUCUGUAGAUGACAUAGACGAAUUGGACCAUCCCAGCAGUAUUCCUGGGGCCGGCCGUCUGUCCGGAGACCUGUACAACCCGGGCCAGACAGUUGACCACGAGCCCGGCAUGGGUCAAGUGCCGAUUGUGCCGCCAGGGACGCCACCUAUGGACGGCGGUUGGGGUCAUUUCAACGGACUACGACCGACCACACCGUACCUGGGCCGCCAAUCUCCUAGCAACAUUCCCAUUUCAUCCCAACAAAUGCUCUCCCUCGAAUCGUUGCCUAUGAUCACCGGACCACCAAAUGCAUCGCGUAUGAUCCAGUCGGAGGUCAGCGAGAGCUCACAACAGAGUUAUAUAGAGUAUCCACCAGCCUCCACUCAAAACCAUGUAGAAGUCUACUAA